UUAAACAUUUCGUCAAGUUUUUUGUGACGUGUGAAUUGAGAAGAAUUUUUAUUUUCCUAUUUCUCGGGGUUUAUAUUAUAGAAUUCUAUAAUAUAUCUCAACUUUAAUUUAGGUUUAAUCUUUAGAAUUGUUUUUCGACGGAUGUCUAAGUGAAAAGUUGAUUAAUUCCGCAAAAAGUAUUCCCGGUGCUUUUUUGAGGUUAUGGUGCAUUGUUUACACUUUCCAAGGAAAAUGAAGAAAUCCCCUUUUUGGCUCUUAGGAGGAGUGGGAAUUUACUCCUUGAUAUCCUUUUGGAUCUUUAACAAAGUCUACAGCACUACACAGCAGGUGGUUGAUGAGGAAUUUCACAUUAGACAAGGGAUUCACUACUGCAAUGGGAAUUUUUCAGUGUGGGAUCCAAAGAUUACAACAUUCCCAGGACUUUAUUUUGUAUCAACUGUAUUCUUGCUUCCUCUGAAACUCUGUCAAACGUACUAUCUUCGAUUGGUGUCUUUGGGAGCUUCAGUACUCAACAUUUACUGGAUUUAUGAAAUCCGGAAGGGAAUUGUGAAGGAUAAGAGAUGGAAAAAUUGGCCAACGUGGGGAUAUGUUCUGGAUGCAAUAAGCGUCUCAUUCCUUCCGCCAAUGUAUUUCUUUGCUUUCCUUUACUACACGGAUAUCUUGUCAAUUAGUGCUACUUUGGGAAUGGUGCACUUCUCCCUGAGAAGACGACACAAGAUAGCAGCAAUAGCAGGCUUUGCAGCUGUUGUCAUGAGACAAACGAAUAUUGUAUGGGUAGGAGGAGUUUUUGGUGUUAAUGUUUUGGACAAAUUGGUCACAAAAACCUUAAAGAAGAAAGCUCAAAAGGAUCUUAACUAUGUUUAUGGAAUUGGGGACGUCCUGAAAGCUAUUGGCUAUUACCUCAAGAGGCUUUCGUCGCUCCAUGUUAGCGUUUUCCCAAUAAUUAGCCAAUUUUAUGGAUAUAUCCUUGUGAUGAUGGCUUUUAUCACAUUUCUCUGGAUCAAUGGCUCAAUUGUAGUGGGCGAUAAAAGUGCACAUGAAGCUACAAUUCAUCUUAUGCAGAUUGCAUACUUUGCGGCGUUUUUCGCAUUCUUCGCUAGCGGGAUGCUGCUUAUGCAUCUUCAGGAUAUCCUGAGAAGUGUCCCAAAGAAGUGGUACCUUCUGCUAAUGCUUAGCGUCUUUUUCUUCCUGACUGUGAAGUACAACACUGUGGUGCAUCCUUACCUGCUCGCCGACAAUCGUCACUUCACCUUCUACUUGUGGAAUAGAUUCCUCGGGAAACCUCUGGCCAGGUACCUUGCAAUUCCUCUCUAUGUUUUUGGCACAAUUAGUCUCUCUGCUGUUCUCGGGAAUCAGAAUGCAGGCUUCAAAAUAGUCUAUUUCCUCUGUACAAUUGUUUCUGUGGCUCUUCAGAGUAUGAUAGAAGUUCGCUAUUUCCUAAUGCCCUUCCUCCUUAUCCGACUCCUCUAUCCCAAACCCAUCAAUUUUAGUUCAAUUGCCAUCGAAUUGACUUUCAAUAGCACUAUAAAUAUUGCAACAUUUUACAUUUUCUUCACAAAAACAUUCUACUGGAGUGAUUAUAGUGAACCACAGAGAAUUAUGUGGUAAGGACAAUGUGCUUAAAAGGCUACAAUUCUGGCUCUCUGACCUCAUAUUUUGUGGGGGGCUGUUAAACAGGAAAUAAGGAUAUGGGGUGUGCUCUAUUUUUCCCACCCACUCAACCCCAUUGUUUGCACCCUGUGUUUGUGCGUAAUAAAAAAGCGACGAUAUCAAUCCAAUCUUUUCCCUUUGUACUCCAAACAUGUGGAUGUUCUGUCGAAUGAAUCAAUAAAUCAAAACUAAAGG